AAAGCGAUUCAGUUACACCCAACUUCAGUUAGUUGCGAUUUUAACAUCGGCCCAAGCGCAUGUGCGACGUUGACAAAACGCCAAUAAGAAUCAAAAAUCAAGCAUAAGCUUCCGCAUGACAAUUUAAUCACACAAAAUAAACAAACGCAACGCGAUUUAAGCAAAUAAUAAUAGGCCAAAGAAAAAAACCCCACUAUCGAUUUCCGCACACAACAAACAACAACAACCGUGAAUUAUUUUAACAUAAACCAUAAUUAUGCCAAUAUGAGCAGAAAAACAACAACAACAACAAUAGCAACAGCAACAAAUCAACAAAAACCACACCAAUCUGUUAAUAAGCACAUCAGUCAAAGCAUGCAGCACAACAGAAAACUAACAGCGGGUCGGCUGUUAGCCAACAUAAUGCUGUUAUUAUUGCAGCUACAGUUUUGGAGUCAUGCCAAUGGCCUCCAAACUGAAAUCAAACCAGCAGACAACACAAUUUGCUUCUAUCAGGAGCACAAUACGACAUAUCAGAAGGAUUUGGGCGCAGUUUGGUUUGCCUCCAGUGAUCCUUGCACGGUUUACAGCUGCGCUGCAGGUGUAGAAAAGGAACCGCUCGCCCACAUUGUCGAGACAAAGGUGGACUGCAAUGAGUUCUAUUGCGAGGUGGGAUCGGAGCUGCGCAAACCGUCCGGCAGCUGUUGUGGAGAAUGUGUCCGCACCCAUUGCCAGCACAAUGGCACGCUCUACGCUGUCGGCCAAUCCUGGCACAAUGAAGCUGACUGCACGCUGCUGGAGUGCGGUCGCUUGGAGGGGGGCGAUAUCAUAAUCAACACCUACAAGCGCGACUGUCCGCCCAUGCCGGCCAAUUGUCCGGCAGCGCGCAUUGACAACUCCAAGUGUUGUCCCGUUUGUCUGGCUCUACCGAUGCCAAGGGCUGGAGAAUUCGACGACACGCCGGCGCAGGAAACUUGGACACCGGAGUAUUAUCGUCAGCAUCCGUGCGUGCGCGAUUGUCAAUUGAAUGCAGCACCCAUGACUUGCCAUUACACAUUUGUCGUCGAAUGGUACCAGACGCUGUCGAAGGCCUGUUUCGAUUGCCCAAAGAAUCUGACGGAUUGUGAGCGACCGCACUGCGUUAUCGGCGAUGGCCUGACCCGCAGCAUUACGGUGGUAAACCGCAUGAUGCCCGGACCGUCGAUCGAGGUGUGCGAAGGAGAUAUUCUGGUCGUGGAUGUGCAGAAUAAUUUGCUGGGCGAGAGCACCACAAUGCAUUGGCAUGGACUGCACCAGCGCUGGUCACCCUACAUGGAUGGGGUUCCGCACAUCACACAAUGCCCGAUUUCGCCCCAUUCGAGCUUCCGCUACACCUUCCGGGCGGACAAUGUGGGCACACACUUCUGGCACUCGCACACGGGCAUGCAGCGCGGCGAUGGCGUCUUUGGCGCCCUCAUCAUACGAAAACCGAAGGCGUCAGAGCCCCAUGGCGGACUCUACGAUUUCGACUUGUCCGAGCAUGUGAUGGUUGUACAAGACUGGAUACAUGAGCCGGGUGUCAGCAUUUUUGCAAAUCAUCACCAUUCGCUGGGCGACAACAAGCCACGCACCCUGCUCAUCAAUGGACGCGGUCGUUUCUACAAUCGGAUAUGGGAAGAGGCGAAGCAGCAGCAGAGGAAACAGCAGCGCAGCAAUGGCACUCCUUCACCCAAGACAGAGGUGGAAAUAAUACAACCCUUGGAUGGCACAGAGCGCAUUGGCCUCAAGCCCGAUGCAGGGGCGACGCGUUCGGCGCGUCUGGCCAAAACGCAAGCCACACGGCUGCUGCCCGUGACUGGUAAUGGCACUUUGCCACACUCGCGUCAACGUCGCGGCAACCUGGAUGAAGUGCCGCUGGCUGAGAUCCCCCUGCAGGUGUAUCAGGUGCGUCGUGGCUUUCGCUAUCGCUUCCGCAUCAUCAAUGCCGAGUUUCUCAACUGUCCCAUUGUGGUGUCGAUAGACAAUCAUCCAAUAACUGCCAUCAACUCGGAUGGAUAUGAUUUCGAGCCGGUUGAGGUGGGCUCUAUAGUUACCUAUGCCGGAGAACGCUUCGAUUUCGUGCUUAAUGCAAAUCAAGUCGUGGGCAACUAUUGGGUGCGACUCAAGGGCUUGAUGGACUGCAGCGAGCUAUUUACCUCCGCCUUCCAAGUGGCCAUCUUACGGUACGAAGGCGCUCCGGCGGAGGAGCCCACCGCCGAACUGAGCUAUGGCCACAAAGCCGAAGGCAUUGAGCUAAAUGUUAUGAAUCGAGGGCCUGGCUAUCCAGACAGUCUAACCAUAGCCGAGCUCCGAGCUCUGCCCAUGUACGACAGAGUCUCUGGCAUCGAUCAUGAUGCCCUGGUGCCUGAAGCAGACUACAAAUUCUUUGUCUACUAUGAUUUCUAUGCCAAGGACAAUCCCGAAUUCCAUCCCAGCGAAUAUUACGGCAUCGACGCGAACAUGACACAACAGAAUCGCCUCUAUACACCGCAACUAAAUCACAUCUCAUUGAAGUUCCCCUCCCUGGCGUUGCUGCCAGCACGCAACAGCGUGGACGAUGCACUCUUCUGCAAUGAGACGAGCCUGGCGGCUCAGGGCGUCGAUUGUCGAAAGCAGUUCUGCAAGUGCCAUCAUGUCCUGCAGGUGCCGCUUAACGCCAUUGUCGAGUUCAUCAUUGUGGACGAGGGUUUCACCUUCUAUGCCAAUCAUCCAUUCCAUUUGCAUGGCAAUGCGUUCCGAGUUGUGGGACUGGAACGCUUAGGCGAGAAUGUAACCAUUGAAAUGAUCAAACAACUGGAUCAAUUCAAUCUCCUAAAACGUAAUCUGGUACAUCCGCCUGUUAAGGACACUGUGACUGUGCCCGAUGGCGGCUACACUAUUAUACGUUUCGAGGCCUACAAUCCCGGCUUUUGGCUCUUCCAUUGCCACAUCGAGUUCCAUGCAGAAAUCGGCAUGGCCUUGGUGCUUAAGGUCGGCAGCAACGAUGAAAUGGCUCCAGUGCCCCGCAACUUUCCCACCUGUGGUGACUACGCACCCGAUUCGCGAGAAGAAAGCGGUGAGGUUGAGACAACAACUGGCAACAAUCCCACCAGCGCUCCUCCAGGACCAGGCGCUGCAGUUUCUUGGACAAAUGGUAGUACGAGCCUGCUCUUUGGACUAUUGGCACUGUUAUGGAACCUGGGCUGAGCCUGGAAGAGCUUUGAAGGGGCUGUGCGAGUAGCGUAAACAAAAAUAUCUGUGAUUGUCUAAUAUUUUUAAUAGUCUUUAAGAAAUUAAAGUGUCCAAGUAGCGUAUUUGUAAAUAAAUUUAACUAAUAUUUUA